AUGGCAUCGUCAAUUACAGGACCUAUACCGCUACCGGAGUCUCGGUUUGAUUUGAAUACGUACUGGGGUCGUGUGCGUCAUUGUGCUGAGAUAUCAGACCCUACUAUGUUGUUGACCACCAGUAGCGAUCUUAACAGGGCCAAGGACAUCAUCUCUAAGUACCGUCACGGUGAGCUAAAGCACACUACGCCUGAAUUCUGGCGUGCGAAGAAACAGUUGGAUUCAACUGUGCAUCCUGACACCGGUGAAACUGUUCUAUUACCAUUUAGAAUGUCCUCUUGUGUGCUUUCCAAUUUAGUAGUCACAGUUGGUAUGUUGACACCAGGGUUGGGUACGGCCGGGACUGUGUUUUGGCAAUGGGCUAAUCAGUCCCUAAAUGUCGCAGUGAAUUCUGCAAACGCCAACAAAUCACACCCAAUGUCCACCACCCAAUUGGUGACAAAUUAUGCAGCCGCUGUUACUGCUUCCUGUGGUGUUGCCCUGGGUCUAAAUAACCUUGUGCCCAAGCUGAAAAACAUCCAACCACACACUAGAUUGAUUCUUGGGAGAUUAGUUCCAUUUGCUGCCGUUGUGUCAGCUGGUAUAGUUAAUGUAUUCUUGAUGAGAGGUAAUGAGAUUCAAAAGGGUAUCUCUGUAUUUGAUGAGCAUGGUGAGGAAGUAGGUAAAUCAAAGAAAGCGGCCUUUUUUGCUGUCGGUGAAACAGCUCUAAGUAGGGUCAUUAAUGCUACGCCAACUAUGGUCAUUCCACCAUUGAUCUUGGUGAGAUUACAACGGGGUUUCCUAAAGAAUAAGUCAAUGGGUUUUCAAACAAUGGUUAACUUGGGUCUGAUAGCCACUACCAUGUUCUCUGCACUGCCAUUUGCCCUUGCUAUCUUCCCACAAAAGCAAGCGAUCCAACUAAAAAGCCUGGAAGAUGAUCUGCAUGGUAAAAAGGAUAAGAACGGAAAAGAAAUUGAAACUGUUUACUUUAACAGAGGUAUAUAA